CCGUUAGAACAUCACGAAGAAGAAGAAGAAAUCCGCGUUUUUAUACGAACCGGUCCAUUUGCGCACAUAUUUUCCGUCGGAACCGGUUUAAUGCAGGUUUAAGGCCGAACCUCUAGUGGUUCGAGUGAGAACUGUUAACCAUAGAGACAUAGUGGAACCGAACUGGAGGUUAGUUAGCCUGUUAGCUGCUAGGCUAAUCCAGGACAACAAUGGACCUGUUCGACGACCUGCCAGAACCGACUCAGACCUCCGCUCCAUCCGCCGUCGCUUCUCAGCCGCAGGUCGCCAAGGAUGAAGAGGAGGACAGAAAGUUCAAGCGGAGGCGAGAGGAUGCCGAGGAGGAAGAGGAGAAGGAUGAGAUCAAGAAAGUUUGUAGAGAAGAUCUUCCCCGGCUCAAAGGCUACGUGGCGGCGAGGCGCGGGGAACGUGAGGAGAUGCAGGACGCUCAUGUGCUGCUACCCGACAUGAGCAGCUGUCUGUCCUCGCUGCCAGGACACGUGUCUCGGGUCUCCUACUUUGCCGUGUUUGAUGGUCACGGCGGAGCUCGAGCGUCUCGAUACGCUGCAGAAAACCUUCACCUGAAUCUGGCCAAGAAGUUCCCCACUGGAGACAAUGAGAAUCUGGACAAGCUACUGAAGAAAUGUCUCCUGGACACUUUCCGGCAGACAGAUGAAGACUUCCUGAAAAAAGCAUCCAGCCAGAAGCCGGCCUGGAAGGACGGAUCUACGGCUACAUGUGUCCUGGUGGUGGACGACAUGGUGUAUGCAGCCAACCUGGGAGACAGCAGGGCGGUGCUGUGUCGGAUGGAGGCGGCGGCUGCAGACGAUCAGAAGAAGCCAGUGACUCUGGCUCUCAGCAAGGAACACAACCCGACCAUCUACGAGGAGCGAAUGCGGAUCCAGAGAGCCGGCGGCACCGUCAGAGACGGCCGGGUGCUCGGCGUCCUGGAGGUGUCCCGCUCCAUCGGUGACGGGCAGUACAAACGCUGCGGAAUCAUUUCGACGCCUGAUGUGAGGAGGUGUCAGCUAACCGCUAACGACAGGUUCAUCCUCCUGGCCUGUGACGGUUUGUUCAAGGUGUUUUCAGCUGAUGAAGCCGUGAAGUUUGUCCUCAAAAUCCUCCAGGAGGCGAGCGUGGAGCAGAGGGCAGAUCUGACGGAGGAGGAGCUUCGUUUUGAAGCUGCAUGUCAGCAGUUGGCCAGCGAGGCGGUGAGACGAGGCUGUGCCGACAACGUCACCGUCAUCCUGGUCUCUAUCUGCCACUGAGCCCUCAGAAGCUUCCUCCUUAUCCCUGGUCUCACAUCUGCACGUCUCGUUGUUUUCAAUAAACCUUUUUCUUU